AUGUUUGCAGGCCGAGCGACGGUGGGGUCGGCAGCGUCAGGAGGAAAAGGCGGGAAGUUUACUGUGGAGGAGCUGUACGGCUUCACCAAGAAACCUAACGUGAAGAGAGGGAAUCAUGGGAAAACGGAGAAAAGCGACAAAGAGGAAUCCCUGCUGGCGGCUCAGAUCCUGGAGGCGGCGAGGAGGCUGAUGGAGAGACGGCGACUGGAGAUCUACCUGAAGGAGUGUGACAUCACCAUGGAGCAGAGCAACAUGCCGUACAGGAAUCUUGGGAAAUCUGGACUCAGAGUUUCCUGCCUGGGACUGGGAACAUGGGUGACGUUUGGCUCUCAGAUCUCUGAUGAGAUGGCCGAGAGAGUGAUGACGGUGGCCUACGACAGUGGAGUGAACUUGUUCGACACGGCAGAGGUUUACGCCUCAGGGAGGGCUGAGACCACGCUGGGAAACAUCCUGAAGAAGAAAGCAUGGAGGCGGUCGAGCUACGUGGUCACCACGAAGAUCUACUGGGGCGGACAGGCGGAAACAGAGCGAGGGUUGUCACGGAAACACAUCAUCGAAGGUCUGCGAGGAUCUCUGUCCAGGUUACAGCUGGACUAUGUGGACAUCGUCUUCGCCAACCGGAGCGACAUCAACGCCCCGAUGGAAGAGGUGGUCAGAGCGAUGACCUUCGUGAUCGACCAGGGGAUGGCCAUGUACUGGGGAACGUCCCGAUGGAACGCUGUGGAGAUCAUGGAGGCGUACUCCAUAGCUCGCCAGUUUAACCUGGUCCCUCCGGUGUGCGAGCAGGCCGAGUAUCACUACUUCCAACGAGACAAAGUGGAACUUCACCUGCCGGAACUCUACCACAAGAUCGGUGUCGGAGCCAUGACCUGGUCCCCGUUAGCCUGCGGCCUGCUGACCGGGAAGUACAACGAGGGCGUCCCAGAGAGCUCCAGGGCCGCCAUGAAGGGCUACGCCUGGCUCAAGGAGCGGCUCUACAGCGACGAGGGGAAGAAACAGCUCAGCAAAAUCAAAGAGCUCCACCUGCUGGCGGAUAGGCUGAAGUGCACGGCUGCUCAGCUCGCCAUAGCCUGGUGUCUCCGCAGUGAGGGAGUCAGCUCGGUUCUUCUGGGAGUGUCAAACACAGAUCAGCUGUUGGAGAACCUGGGUUCUAUCAGGGUUCUCACCCAGCUGACUCCACCACUCAUCGCUGAGAUGGACGCCUUGCUUGGCAACAAGCCACGAAGUGGAAAGAAGGAGACGAGGAGCUGAAGAGGAGGGGAGUAAAGACUUGAACCGAACUCUUGGAGCACUGAGAAAACAAGAUGGCCGACAGGAAGGACCAAUUCUGGGGAGCAAUAAUCGUAUUUAUUCUUCAGACAACGUCAUGGAGAGAGGCUCCUGCACAUGCUCAGAAAUUAUCAUAGAUCUAUUCAUUCCUAUAAUCUUGAAGAUGCUGAGGCUCGUUCCAACGCUGUCACCACGGCAACAGCUCUCUGUCAUUAUUAGAACAUGCCACAACAGUCCCUACGUU